AUGUCCUGGUUUGACCCCGUUCCCAUCACAAAGUUCGUCGAACUCAACAAAAAACAGGCCGCCGAGGAUGUGCCCGAAAAAUGCCCCGAGCCGCCUUCCCUCAAUGGCCUCCAAAUCCACUGUGGACCCAUUCUUCGUCUUUGCGGUCUGUGGGAGGAGAAUCUGCCCAACUACAGAGCCCUGAUUUUGCUUGUCACCAAGGGAGAGACAGAGCCCGAGGUGUCGUAUGCUUUAGGGCCUGCUGCUGAGGAAAAUGCUCCAACUGGGUGGAAAUCGCCCGAGGAAGGCGUGUUUCCAGGCAUCAACUUCCACACGGAACAGGGCUUCAAGUUCUGGCGUUUCAAUGUGCAAUUGGAUCUUGCCGAGUACGAACAGAAGGUCAGGUACUCGAUCAAUGGCCAGCAGAACGACGCUCAUGCGUUUUUUCUUCCUGCUGCCGACCAGUCCAUGAACGUCAUGUCCUUCUCGUGUAACGGCUUUUCCUUAUCUACAGACACCUCCCAGUACAAGUCGUCCUUGUGGCUCGAUGUGCUUAGAAAACACGAGAAACAGCACUACCAUGUCAUGCUUGGCGGUGGUGACCAGAUCUACUGUGAUGCCAUCAAGCUCCAUGUGGAUCUGAUCCAGGAAUGGCUCAAUGAGACCACUGCAGCAAGAAAGAGGAAGAUCCAGACGACUCCCGAGAUGAUUGACGAGAUGGGCGACUUUUACUUGAAAGCGUACUUGGAGUGGUUUGGCCAGGGCUACUGGCAAGGUACCAACGGAGGCACUCUCCAGCACAUGUUUCCCUUAUCUAUGGCCCAGAUUCCGGCCGUCAACAUCUACGAUGACCACGACAUUAUCGACGGUUUUGGCUCUUACAAGGACCGCACCAUGGCCUCCCACGUCUUCUCCACCAUCGGAAAUGUCGCCUACAAGUACUACAUGCUUUUCCAGCACCACAUGCUGGUGGACGAGGAGGUCUACCACAGCGACCCUUCGUGGAUUUUGCUGAAGACGGAAGGAAAGUUUAUCAAGCAGCGCAACCACUCGGUGUACAUGCGUCUUGGUAAGGAGAUUUCGCUUUUGGGUGUCGACUGUCGUACCGAAAGACGCCUUCACCAGAUCAUUGACCCUGACACCUACGACCUUGUGUUUAAGCGAUGCCAGGACGAGCUCACUAAAACUCCAGAAACAAAGCACCUUUUGGUCAUGCUUGGUGUUCCCAUCUUGUAUCCCAGAAUGGUCUGGCUCGAGUGGAUUUUGACCCUGCGUAUUUUCAAGCCAAUUCGUGGUUUGGCCACUAGAGGCAUAGUGGCCCAAGGUUUGGUCAACGAGUUCGACGGCAGCAUUGAAGUGUUGGACGACUUGAACGACCACUGGUGCUCGAAGUACCACAAGAAAGAACGUAACGCCUUGAUGAAGCGCUUGAUAGACCUUGGUGCUGCCAAUGGUGUUCGUAUCACCAUUCUUUCUGGUGACGUGCAUUUGGGCUGUUUUGGCAGAAUGAAGACCAAGAUCCACCACCACCCUAAUGCUCAUAUCCUCAGAGACGCUGAGAAGGAGAAUCUCAAUGUCACGGAAACGCCGCAGUACGACCCACGUUUGAUAUUUAAUGUGAUCUCCUCCGCUAUUGUGAAUGCUCCUCCUCCAGACGUUAUGCCCACUUUGCUUAAGAGACAGAACAAGAUCCACAAGUUCGACUCCAACACCACCGAGGACAUUGUGCCUAUUUUUAUGUCCGAUACCGACGGCACUCCUCGUGAUAAUCAUUAUUUCUUGAACAAGAGAAACUGGAGUGACUUGAUUUUGGCCAAGCAGUCCACCGAGUAUGCCAGUGUUGCUGGAACCGGCAUUUCCAAGUUCCCUGGCUCGAAGCUGGAGCACGACCAGGAGGUGUUGGCUGACCAUAAAGUGGACGAGCACUACUUAAAGUACCCUGUGCUUGAAAACAGUUUGGUCACCACUUUGCACGUUGAGGAUAACGGUAACGAUACCGAGGCCACAACAGCGGACUACGAAAUCAUGAUUCCAGAUCUCCAGGGCAAGUUCAAGUUGCAGCAGAGCCGUAUCAAGCACUUGACCGGUCAGUGA